CACCAUCUUCUUGCAACUUCAGCCUUCGCAUCUUUGUAUAAAAAGGGAGCAGUCUAUUAGAGGAAAAAUUAGAAGAUCUCAGUCCGUUUGAGUAGUGAAAGAUGGGAGAGGUAGCCAGAGAAGAAGCAAAGGUUGGGAGCUCUCCUGUAAACGGCUGGGUAGUACAAACUGAUUCACGUCCUACUGUAGCUACUAGUACAACUGGAAAGGUCAGAUUAUCAUUACUUUCAUUGAUAAAGACGGCACUAUGUGGUUGGAUCAAGCUGGAGCUCAUUACUCUAAUAAAGCUAGCUCUACCGAUUAUAUUAACGCUCGUAUUUCAAAACAUGAUCCUCUUUAUCUCUCUCAUUUUUGUCGGUCACAUUAAUGACAGAUCAUUAGAACUGGACAGUGUUGCACUUGCUGGCUCAUUUGGUAAUAUUACUGGAAUUUCAGUUGGAAUAGGUCUAUCAAGUGCAGCAGAUACACUUUGUUCUCAAACUUUUGGUUAUAAGAACUAUAAAAGAGUUGGCCAUAUAUUUCAGAGAGGCGUAGUGAUACUUCUGCUACUUAGUGUCUUUGUUUGUUGCAUAUGGUUGAACACUGAUUCAAUACUGCUGCUUCUACAGCAGGCACCUUGUGUAGCAAAAUUUUCAGGAACAUAUGUACAAAUAUUUUGUCUUGCAUUGCCACCAUUUUUUGUGUACUGGAUGUUACAGAAGUAUUUUCAAGCACAGAGUAUAGUGUGGCCAUUCAUAUUCACUGGUGCACUUAGUAAUGUUGCCUGUGCAAUAUUUCAUGCUAUAUUUGUGGUAUGGGCAGACUUGGGAGUCAAUGGGGCUGCAAUCUCGAUGGUGUUGUCAUACUACUGCUUUGCAAUAUUUUUGAUAAUUUACAUUCGUUUGAGGAAACUGCAUGCAAAGACAUGGGAUGGCUGGAGCUGGGAGAGUUUAAAUGAAUGGGGCCAGUUCUUAAAGCUGGGGAUACCAGGAGUAGCUAUGACAUGUCUUGAGUGGGUCAGUUUUGAAAUAGCUGCAUUUGUCCUUGGAAGCAUCAGUGAAGUUGAGCUAGCCGUUAACUCAAUCAUGGUUAAUGUCCUUAUGGUAAUAUUUAUGAUUCCAUUGGGUAUUUCCAUAGCUGCAGGUGUUCGUAUAGGUAAUGAGUUAGGAGCAGGGAACCCACAAAAUGCUAAAAGGGCAUCUCUUGUGGCAAUGGCUGUUGUUUUUACUAAUACUGUUAUUCAAGUUAUUUGUCUCCAAGCAACAAAGUUUUAUUUUGGUCUAAUUUAUACGAAAGACAGUGAAGUUUUGUCUAAAAUACCCGGACUAGUUGAUAUUGUUUGUAUUUUAUUGUUUGCUGACCAGCUCCAAUUGUCCCUUAGAGGUGUAGUCUUGGGAUGUGGACAGCAGGUCUUUGCUUCUGUCAUCAAUUUUAUUGCUUUCUACAUUAUUGGCCUACCAAUUGGAAUAUCACUAGCUUUACUAACAGACCUUGGGAGUAGGGGAAUGUGGUCAGGCCUUGCAACUGCUUCAUACUUUCAACUAUUUUGCUUGCUUGUGUUCAUGGCCCGUUUAAAUUGGAAGAAGGAGUCUGAUAAGGCUAUUUUAAGAUCAAAGGGAGAAGAAGAGAGAAAGAUGGAAGAUGAAGAAAGAGGCAGCACUUCAGAUGAAGUUGAACUUGUUAGCAUGACCACUGACAUCAGCAGAGUAGAAUCCAAGGAAGCAAUAUUGCAAGACUCCUCGCAAGAUACUGCCCAAGAAAAAUAUGCUGAAGAUGAAGAGGAAGGAGAGGCUGAACAAGGAGACGAACAAUCAUUAUUAUCGCAAAAUUCUGGAGAUACAGACUCUUCAAUCCCACACAAACCUACACAUAAUAAAAAAUCACAGCACGUUCGACUGCUAUUAACUAAAGGGAGUGUGUUUCUUUUUGGUAUUGUACUAGUGGUUGCUGCUGGUAUUGCUAGUAUGUUUCAUCCUCCUGAGUCUAUCAUUAAUGGUAAUUAUUCUGAAUGCAUUGCUACAACUAGUGGAGGAGGAGUCUUUGAGCCAGGACCAAUUGAGAGUAGUAUAUUAUUCACUAUUGCUCCAACACCAACUAAUGCUUUGGAUUAUUAAUAUAAUUAUUUAUUAUCAAUUAUUAUUUAUUAUCAGUUUAAUAAAAAUUUGUUUGGCAA